AUGAACAACCUGAACACCCAAAGCCUGAAUUUAAUAUUAUUCAUCAUAUUUUUUAUUUCUGAAGUUGGCUUAUGGAGUGAAUUUUUUAACCAGUUUAAUUAAGCAAUCCUCCUUAAAAUCUCUUACCAGAUCUAACGAUAAGACCAUAAAAAUCAGGAUUAUCAAUUCUCCAGCCAAUGUAUGACGCCCUUUCUCCCAGGGUUUACGAAGUAAACAUAAACAUAACGUUCAAGGUGUCCCACAGCUAACGAUAGCUUUCCCUCUUGUGGUUUGCCUUAUUUGCAAAGAUUAUUGUUUAAGUCUAGGCACCUUGGUGAAAGUUCAGAUCUCUGGGUUAUUUCUAAGUUCGAUUGCGAUAAUCAAAAUUAUUUUCUCAUUCAAACCAAUUACUGUGAACGACCCAGUACUGUUGCUCGUUAGACUCUAGCUAUAUUUUGGUCCUCAGUCCUCUCAGAGCAUUUGGUUGAGCACAAAUUGCUAAAUUUAAAAGUAGGGAUUAUUUACUUCUUUUAAGAUGAAAGAUGGGUCUAGGAUCCUCGCCAAGGCUCUUAGAUGCACAGGAAAAUAUUGACCCUGUAAUUUAGCCUCUAAACUUAUCAAUUAGAGACUUCUUAAAAAACACGAAUCUUUGGUACGAGUUAAAAAGUUCCUCCAGGCUUAGAUGCAAAAUCAGGUCGCUUUAACCAAGUAGAAGUGUGCAAGUUUUUCAAUAAUUUUUGCUGAAGUUCA